AACUCCUCUUUUAUGUGAGUUUUCAAAACUCAUCGAAGUAGAGAGAAGAGAAGACAGAAGAGAAUGGCUAUGGACAAAACCCUAAGUUCUCCACCGAUGUAGCUAUCGUUGCAGUCGUCGGUCCGCCGCCAUUGUAGUCGCUGGUUAUGCCGCCGUUGCCGCCUAAGUUGUUGCAGGAAGCUCAUAAAUCGAACCACCUCCUCUAUCAACAUUAUGGUUUCAGAUCUGGUGGCUCUGUAGCUAUGAUUGCCGCUGCAGUUUCCGCCGCCAUUGCCACUGCAGUUUUUGCCAUCGUUGCUGCUGUAGUUUCUGCGGUCGAAAACUUCUGAAUCGAGCCAUUGUUUCAAAUCUAUUUUCUCCUUCGAAUUGUCGCUGUCAUGCCAAGGGACAAACGCAUAAAAAAUCCAUUGAAAUUUGUAGAUGAGAGGGAAACCAACAAUGCUUCGCGUUCACUUCAACCUCCAGCACCAGUAGCAUAUGAAGAUACCACUAGUGUAGAGGCUAGUGAGGCUCCUUCUCAAGCCCCUUUUCAAGCCGCUGCAAAUUUCAUUUCAUCUGAUGGAGACACGCGUUGUUCUAACUCAAAGUCUUCAUCUUCUUGGAAUGUGGAGAUAAUUGCUUUGAAAAGUGGUCAGGACAAGAAAAUGGUGGCAUGCCUAAGUCUUUCAAGGAUGAGUGCUUUGAUACAAUGAUAAAGCCCCACUUCUAUUUUACAAGCACAGAAAAGAUUGCCUAUAGGUAUUGCAUUCAAAGUAUUGCAAAAAAGUGGGCAACAUAUAGGCAAAGAUUGUGGAAUGAGUUCUAUGAUCCAACCAUGAGAAGAGAAGCAUUGGUGAACAAUGUGCCUGAUGAUGUUCCAAGAGAUCAAUGGACUUGUUUUGUCAAUUAUCGACUAAAACCGUCUACAGUUGAGCUUUGCAUGAAAAAUAAGGAAAAUCGAAGCAAGCAAACCAUUCCUCACACUUGUGGAUCGAAAUCCAACUCUCGGAGGCGACAUGAAAUGUACUUGAAAACGGAAAAGAAGCCUAGUAGAGGAAUGAUGUACAUUGAAACACAUAAGAGAAAGGAUGGGUCUUUUGUAAAUAACGAGGCAUUAACUAUAGUGGAACAGAUUGGGCUGAAUAUGACACAAUCAAAUGCACAAUUUGAGGUGUCCCCUAAUGAUGCUGUUGGUAAAGUUUUGGGACCUGAACACUCUGGGAGAGUUCGUUGCAUGGGCAUGGGAGCAGCGCCUACAAAUACUUUUAGGAAUGUGAGAAGUCGGCUUAAUAGGAUGACCAUCUCAACUAAUUCAGCUGGAUCUUCUUCACCUAUUACUGUUGCAAUUUUACAGGAAAAAAUUAAUAAUUUGGAGUCUGACUUACAUAAUUCACAGCAAAAGGUCACUAAUCUAGAGUCUAAGUUGCAUCAAUCAUUUGAUAUGAUGAAAGCAUACCUAAUGAUGAAGGAAGGAGAAAUUCCCGAAACGCUUGUUGGCUUCUUUUCUGCCCGAGAGAUAACUUUAUAGUAAAUUCAUUUGUUAGGAAUAUAAGUUUAGAUAGAGUAAUACUCAUUAAUAUUGAAUAUAGGUUUAAAUGCUCUUCAAAAUUGAGUUGUUAGGCUUAUAUCGAAUCAUCUUGAUGCUUAACUUUACUGAAAUUACUAAUAACAUCUUAUGUUUACAUAUAGGCUAAUGAUGCUGAAAGCGAGCCUACUACUCCCUUUGAUGCUAGGAGAUCAGCUGGUGAUAGCAACGGACAUCCGAGGACAAAUAUUUGAGCCUACUACUCCCUUUGUUUUAUUUUACUUUUUUUUUUUAAAAAAAUAGAAAUAAUUGUGUAGAACAAUACCAUAUGCAAUUAUAUUUGGAACUAUUGACAUUGAGAAUUUUUUUUUAUAUAAAGAGUUAUGUCUUAUA